GCAGGAAGGGCAUGGAUGGGGACCGUGCCGGGCAGGACGGGCAGGGCUAGGGGCAGGCAGGGCAGGGCUGGGGAGUGCCCCAAGCAGGGAGGGCAGGGCUGCUGGAGGUGGGUCCGCAACCAGCCCUGCCUUUCAAAGUCCCUCGAUCCGAGGAGGAAUUCGGGAAAUAUUUCCAGCAGCGGCAGGACGAGGAGGAGGAGGAGGGCUGAAGCUGCUCCCCAGGAGGAGGCACGGCGGGUCUCUCGCUGCCCGCGCAUCGCGGCGGAGGGAUGCGGAGGGAGGGGAGGCUGCCUGCGGGGCGGGCCGGCUGAGCGCAUCCCCCGGGCGCGCGUGUGUGUGUGUGUGCGCGCGCGCUCCCUCCAUCCAUCCCUCCAUCCCUCCCUUCCUUCCUCCCUCCCUUCUCCCUCCCUCCCUCCCUCCCUCUCUCUCUCUCUCCCUCCCUCCCGCCCGCCGCCGCGCCGCAGCCGCGCACCGGGGCUCCGCCGCCCGCCCCGCCGCGAUGCCCCGCCGCUGCUGAGCCGGCCCCGGCGACGCCCGCUCCUGCAGCCCGCCAGGUUGAGGAUGUUUGGGACCCGUCUGGUGGAAGUGGCCAUGUCGCGAGUAACUCACACGCACGCCUUCCCAGUGAGCUUCCCUCUGCUGAGCCUUGUCCUGGUGCUGCUCUUCCAUGCAGAGGGCACACAUGCGGAGAGCCCCAGUGAACUGCCUGCCAACGACACUGAGGAGUGCGCUGGCUCCUACAUCUGCAAAAAGGGUGUGAUUUUACCAAUAUGGGAACCCCAGGACCCCUCGUUUGGGGACAAAAUCGCUCGGGCAACGGUGUAUUUUGUAGCAAUGGUGUACAUGUUCCUGGGAGUGUCCAUCAUAGCCGACCGCUUCAUGUCCUCCAUCGAAGUCAUUACAUCCCAAGAGCGGGAAAUAACCAUCAAGAAGCCCAAUGGCGAGACCAGCAAAACCACCGUGAGGAUCUGGAACGAGACUGUUUCCAACCUCACACUGAUGGCCUUGGGCUCGUCUGCUCCGGAGAUCCUCCUGUCUGUUAUCGAGGUGUGCGGCCAUGGCUUCACGGCAGGGGACUUGGGGCCAAGCACGAUCGUGGGGAGUGCUGCCUUCAACAUGUUUGUCAUCAUUGCAAUCUGUGUGUACGUGGUGCCAGAUGGAGAGAUAAGGAAGAUCAAGCACUUGCGAGUGUUUUUUGUUACAGCGGCCUGGAGCAUCUUUGCCUACACUUGGCUUUACAUUAUUUUAUCUGUGUCUUCUCCUGGCAUUGUGGAGGUUUGGGAAGGCUUGCUCACCUUCUUCUUCUUCCCCAUCUGUGUGGUGUUUGCCUGGAUAGCUGACAGAAGGCUUUUAUUUUACAAGUACGUCUACAAGAAAUACCGAGCUGGCAAGCAGAGAGGCAUGAUCAUUGAGCAUGAGGGUGACCGGCCCUCCUCUAAGGCUGACAUCGAGAUGGAUGGAAAGGUUGCUAAUUCCCACGUGGAGAACUUUUUGGAUGGGACACUGGUGUUGGAGGUGGACGAAAAAGACCAGGAUGAUGAGGAAGCCAGGAGGGAAAUGGCUCGGAUCCUGAAGGAGCUGAAACAAAAGCACCCAGACAAGGAAAUUGAGCAGCUCAUAGAGUUGGCCAACUACCAGGUCCUGAGCCAGCAGCAGAAGAGCAGGGCCUUCUACCGCAUCCAGGCCACUCGGCUCAUGACCGGCGCUGGGAACAUCCUGAAGAGACAUGCUGCAGACCAGGCUCGGAAAGCCGUCAGCAUGCACGAAGUCAACAGCGAGGUGACCGAAAAUGAUCCUGUCAGCAAGCUCUACUUUGAGCAGGGCACCUACCAGUGCUUGGAGAACUGUGGCACCGUGGCCCUGACCAUCGUCCGCCGGGGAGGAGACCUGACCAACACCGUGUACGUCGACUUCCGGACAGAGGACGGCACGGCCAAUGCUGGCUCUGACUACGAGUUCACUGAAGGGACAGUGGUCUUCAAGCCUGGAGAGACCCAGAAGGAAAUCCGUGUUGGCAUAAUCGACGAUGACAUAUUUGAGGAGGAUGAGAACUUCCUGGUCCAUCUCAGCAACGUCCGUGUGAGCACCGAGGCCUCAGAUGAGGGCGUUCUUGAGGCCAGCCGUGUCUCAACACUUGCCUGCUUGGGAUCACCAUCUACUGCCACCGUCACCAUUUUUGACGAUGACCACGCCGGCAUCUUCACCUUCGAGGAGCCGGUAACACACAUCAGUGAAAGUGUAGGAACCAUGGAAGUGAAAGUGUUGCGAACCUCUGGAGCACGAGGAAAUGUUAUUGUGCCCUACAAAACCAUUGAAGGCACGGCCAAAGGUGGAGGAGAGGACUUUGAAGAUACCUGCGGGGAGCUGGAGUUCCAGAAUGAUGAGAUAGUCAAAACGAUAUCAAUCAAGGUGAUAGAUGAUGAGGAGUAUGAGAAAAACAAGACCUUCUACCUAGAGAUCGGGGAGCCCCGGCUGGUGGAGAUGAGUGAGAAGAAAGCCCUGUUGUUGAAUGAGCUUGGUGGCUUCACCAUCACAGGGAAACUCUGGAAUGGCAAACCUGUCUUCAGGAAGGUCCAGGCUAGAGAUCAUCCUCUUCCUUGCACCGUGGUCUCCAUCCAAGAGGAGAAUGAGGAAAAGCAGCCACUGACCAGCAAGGAGGAGGAAGAGCGUCGGAUCGCAGAGAUGGGGCGCCCAGUCCUGGGGGAGCACACCAAACUCGAGAUCAUCAUUGAGGAAUCCUAUGAGUUCAAGAACACGGUGGACAAGCUCAUUAAGAAGACGAACCUGGCCCUGGUGGUUGGCACAAACAGCUGGAGGGAGCAGUUUAUUGAGGCCAUUACUGUCAGCGCGGGGGAAGAUGACGAUGAUGAUGAAUGUGGGGAGGAGAAGCUGCCCUCCUGCUUUGACUACGUGAUGCACUUUCUGACCGUCUUCUGGAAGGUCCUUUUUGCCUUCGUGCCCCCGACAGACUACUGGAAUGGCUGGGCUUGCUUUGUUGUCUCCAUCCUCAUGAUUGGCCUCCUGACAGCUUUCAUUGGCGACCUGGCAUCCCACUUUGGCUGCACCAUUGGCUUGAAGGACUCCGUCACUGCCGUUGUGUUUGUUGCCCUGGGGACCUCGGUGCCAGACACAUUUGCCAGCAAAGUAGCAGCAACGCAGGACCAAUAUGCGGACGCCUCCAUCGGGAACGUCACCGGGAGCAACGCUGUGAACGUUUUCCUGGGCAUUGGGGUGGCCUGGUCCAUCGCAGCCAUCUACCACGCGGCGCACGGACAAGCCUUCCAAGUCUCCCCCGGCACGCUGGCCUUCUCCGUCACCCUCUUCACCAUUUUUGCUUUUAUCAGUGUGGGAGUGCUGCUCUACCGGCGGAGACCCGAGAUCGGAGGUGAGCUGGGCGGGCCGCGGACUUCCAAGCUGCUCACAUCCUCACUCUUUAUCCUCCUCUGGCUCUUGUACAUAUUCUUCUCAUCUCUGGAAGCCUACUGCCACAUAAAGGGCUUCUAAAGGGACAAUCAGAGAUAGUAAAUAUGUGUAUAUCUAUAUAUAUCUAUAUAGAGUGAUAUAUAGGUAUAGAUAUAGAUAUAAAGCUGUGUAUAAUGAACAGAGAAAGAAUAAAAGAGAUUUGCCAUGUUCACACACCUGCUGAUGGAAAGCGGCUUUGGAGCAUCCUUUGAACUAGGCAGGACCCCAAAGCCAGCAGGACCCCUCUGCAGGCAGCGGCCCCAGCCAGGAGCCAGGGGCAGGGCCCUUUCUGCAACUCGACAAACAGGAGCGGCCAGUGGCCACCGAGCCCCUUCCCAUCGCUGACUCCCAUCCGCUGGCCCCCGGGAAGACGGAUGAGAAGGCGACAGGGGUGCGUCGGUGUGAGGAAGGCCAGAGUAGCUGGUGAGAAACAGAGCAGUGGGCAAGGGAAGGAGAGGAGAGCAAGGGUUCUGAUCUCCCACCGCCAUCCAGCUGCCUUCGCCACCCGGGAACAGGCCCUCUGGCCCUGUUGGAGAGGAGCGAGAGACCGAACUGAAGACAAGGGGAAACUGGGAGCUUUCUAAGGAUAGAACACAAACCGUUUUCGUCAUUGAUUUGGGGUUGUUUUUUUUGUUUCGUUUUGGCGUGUGUACAACUAGCAUUUCCCACCCACAUGCCCCUCACCUUUCCCUGUCCAUGCUUUGGGGGUGCACAGCCGCAGCCUCGUGUCCCGUGUCCCAAGCCGAGGCCGUGCGGAGCGGCGGGAGCCUUCCUCCCACUCCUCCGCCUCCUCGGGCAUGCUGUCGUGGUACUUGUAACAUUUGCAUGAAUGAAAUGAAAUCUAUCUGUAUAUAGCAUCCUAUAGCGAUAGUCCUUCCAACCAUGUGGGUUGAGCAUUGCAGAUUACAAGUGUUUUCUUUUCACUGGGUUUUAUUUAUUUUUAGUUAGUUCGGUUUUGCCAUAGGGUUUUGCUCGUUUGUUUGUUUGUUUCCUCUUAGCGGGGGUGGAAAGGAUGGAAAGCUGUCCCCACUUACUGCUCGUGGCAUGGGUCCAUGAGAAGCAAUAACAGCCAUGCAAUUGUAAGUUUUCAGGGGAGGAAAACCCACACUCCAGAGACUUCAGGCUCUGUCUAGCUGUGUGGAUGGGGUCCUCUGAUGUGCCUGAAGCCAGUGUGAAGGCCUCCUCUGCCCGCAAGGAGGUGUUGCACAGGGUCCCAGGGAGUGGGGUGAGCAGUCUGAGGGGAACAAGCGUGGCUGACUCCCAGCACCUCACAUGCUUCUGCCUUUUGAGUCAGUGGCUGCCUCAAAGCCCUUGGCCCCCUGCUAUUCCCUGUACCCCCAGAGGUGUAGUGACAGCCCCUGUUUCUGAGUGUUAAGCCAUCAGACCAGUCCCCAAAGCUGGUCCUUCCCCACAGCCAUUUGGAGGCAGAGCAAUCCAGCGUAAGGGCUGAAGGGCCAUACUAGAUCUCCCACUCCACUGAGCGUAACCAGGACGCAUCCCCCCAGGAAAAGGUCGUGUUUUGCACUCUCCGAAUCCGAAGUCACUGGACAGGAUGAGACAGGGAGGUGUGACUCAGCAUCACCUCCCUGGUGCCAGGAGUGCAGGCUGGGAUAGAGAGCUGAGCCAGGGAAAUGUGGGUGUAGAGCUCCCCAGGGCACAGCACGGGGCACUGGUGAGAGAUGUCUCCUGACCUGCUGCCCUUUGCCAGGCUUCCUGACAUUCCAGCCAGGCAAACUCCCAGCCUGCACGUCCAUGGUGAGUUCUUCCCACUCAGCUGAAAACCAUGUCUGAUGCUUGUACCAUAACCAGCUGGCUGGGGGUAUUUGUACUCAUCUUGAACUAUCUGUGGAAAUUUUAAUUAACCUGCUGUAAGAUUUUGUCUAGGAAUAUGAAGUUAUGGGUUGUUUUUUUUUCUUCUCGAGCCUUUUUUCACUUUUGAUUUCUUUUGGGGUUUUUCUUUUUUGUUUCUCAUUGUUUUGGGGGAAAAAUCAAACACAGGUGCAGGUUGUUCAGGUUUGUGAUUACCUUUAUGUACAAUGAUUUCAUUUUCAUCUGUUUGGCUUCAUUUUUUUCUUUGUGUGUAUUGCCCACCACUAUAGGCAGUGAGUCCACUAAUUGUGAUGAUCCUUAUCAAUGGUACACAAUGCACAGAGAAAUAAAGUUUGUAAUGAUUCCUGAUGGA